AUGCAUGAACAGCUCGUGGAUGGUGAAGUCCCCCCAACUGCAUCUAACUACAGCACUUUCCUCCACCUACACAUGUACGCAGAUGGAACUUUUGUGUCAGAAAAGGAUGCCAACCUUGAUGCGGAGAUUCAUCGCGUUGCUGCUGAGACAGGACGAGAGGACCGACUCGAUGAGGUCUACUUGGAGCUCGUACGUCCCGGUAGGUCACGACUGUACGGCACUGGAAGUGCCGGUGUGAGCCAGUUUAGUAGGGGGUCUACUAACAGUACAGGCUCUUCCCAAAUGUCUCAGCGGAUGUAUGAGACUCGGAUCUCCACACUGGAGGAGCGUCUCCAAAGGACUGAGGAGGAUAGGGCAGCCCAAUAA